AGCGGCCCCGCGGGGGGCGCGGCGUUGGCAGCCCCGGCCCCCGGGCCGGGCAGUGGUGGCGCUGGGCCUCGCGUCUACUUUCAGAGCCCCCCUGGGGCCGCAGGCGAAGGCCCGGGGGGCGCGGACGACGACGGCCCGGUGAGACGCCAAGGGAAGGUCACCGUCAAGUACGACCGCAAAGAGCUACGGAAGCGCCUCAACCUGGAGGAGUGGAUCUUAGAGCAGCUCACGCGCCUCUACGACUGCCAGGAAGAGGAGAUCCCAGAGCUGGAGAUAGAUGUGGAUGAGCUCCUGGACAUGGAAAGCGAUGACACUCGGGCUGCCAGGGUCAAGGAGCUGUUAGUUGACUGUUACAAACCCACUGAGGCCUUCAUCUCUGGCCUGCUGGACAAAAUCCGGGGCAUGCAGAAGCUGAGCACACCCCAGAAGAAGUAAGGGUCCUGACCCAGAUGACUGGUGGCUCCCACAGGACAAUCGCUGCCCCCUGACCUCGUAGCAACAGCAAUACCGGGGGACCCUGUAGCCAGGCCUGGUGCGUGAGCAGGGCUCCCUGUGCCCCUGGCCUAGGGGCCUCUUCCCUUGCCCUCAGUUUUCCACUUUUGGGGUUUUUUAUUGUUAUUAAACUGAUGGGACUUUUUGUGUUUUUAUAUGAUUCUGCGUCUCGGGCCCUUUAAUAAAGCCAGGAGAUGCCUUUGGAGCAGCUAA